AAACUGGAGUGCGUGCGUGUGACGUCACGCAGGUAAGAGAACACGGCGUGUUUAGAGCUCUCAGUAAGGUGUGUCCUUCCUUCUUUAAGGUCGAGUAAAAACAAUUCAGGGAGAGAAGUUGGUUGCGACCCGCCAAUAAACCCAGAGAGAGAAUUAAGGGAGAGGAACAGCAGAGCUCAUUCGACGCUCCAAGAGUCGGACUUUCAUACCUCUUUAGGAAAUACCGAGAAGUUUGAGAAACACGUAUUAUGGCUGACUCCGCAAGAUAUCGGGUCUUGUUUUUUUACGUGUGUGUGAUUUUUGCAUCGGCGGAGACAGUUAGAGAGAAAGGACGAGGUUUAAUAGUCGUGCAGGAUGAAGAAUCAGGCAAAUUCUUCUUUGACCAGAUCGUUACAGAUACACUAAAGAGCGGUCUCACAACCGUCUUCCUGCCAAUUAUUUACAUAAUUGUUUUUGUGGUGGGGUUGCCAACCAACGCGAUGGCUAUAUGGGUCUUGCUGUUCCGGUCAAAGAAAAUUCAUCCUGCUGCCAUUUACAUGGGCAACCUAGCGCUGGCUGACCUUAUGUUUGUUAUCUGGACGCCUCUCAAGAUCGCUUACCAUUUGAAAGGAAAUAACUGGACUUUCGGGGAAGGGAUGUGCAAAGUUUUCGUGGGUUUCUUCUACGGCAACAUGUACUGCUCCAUCCUCUUCAUCGCUUGUCUGAGCAUCCAGCGGUACUGGGUCUGCGCUCACCCACUCACACAGCAAAGGACAAACAACACGUUUGCAAUCAUCGUAUCUGUGUGUAUUUGGAUCUUCAUUGGGGUCAGCACUACACCUUUGUACCUGUACCAGCAAACAGUUGAACUCUCGGACCUCAACAUCACCACCUGCCACGAUGUCAAUAGUAUCAGCCAGAAGAACUUUGUCUCGGGCAAUGCGUUUCUGGAUGUUCAGCUACCUUAUUAUUAUUUUAUGGUGAUGGCAGGUCUUGUGUUCUUCAUCCCAAUGUUGGUCAUCAUCGCAGCUUACAUUCUUCUCCUUCGCUCGCUUGGGAACUCCACCGUCGAGGGCAGCGCUGGAAAAAGCCGCCAACGAGCCAUGGUUCUCAUCAUCACGGUGCUCGUAACGUUCUUGGUCUGCUUCAUCCCAAGUAACGUGAUGUUGGUCGUGCACUACGCUCUCCUGCGAAACGGCUGGGCCAAUAACGGCUACGGUUUCUACGUCCUCACACUGUGCCUGGCCAGUCUCAACAGCUGCUUGGACCCUUUCAUCUACUAUUACGUCUCGGAUGAGUUCAGGGAGCACGUCAAGAACACGCUACUGUGCCGUAGCAGCCGUACGGUGGAGAGGAUGAGGGUCUCGUUCAGCUCGAUGAAGUACUCUAAAAGGACCAACACGUAUACUUCCAGCACAGGCAACACGGAGAGCAGCACCUGCUGAGAGCAGAUGGACAUGGACCAUGAUGGACAUGAGUUUAUGUAUUUAUCAGUGGCACUGUGGAAUAUACAGAAGAUUUAACUUCAAAUUCAUGCUCUCUGUUCUCUAUUGGAUGAUAUUGAAACUGUCUGAGAGUGGAUUGAGGUGGUUAUGAAGAUGUUUUGAUUCAGCUGGGAGACCUUCAUAAACCCAAAGCUUAAGGAGCCACAAAGAGUCUGAACAGAACAGUCUGUAUCUGUAGCGUUCGGUCUAAAGCUCAAAGACAAAGUAGUCGCGUAAAACUUGAAGAGAAGCAUCCCAGACAGAUUGUUCUGUUGUUAUAUUUGAAAUUGUUCCGAUGGACCUUGUGAAAUGAUAUAUAAUGUGAAUUUAAAAAUGUAAAAAUUCUAUGUAAUUUAAGCGUGUUAACUUAGCCAGAAUUGGUUCUGUUUUUAAUAUUUUAUUUUUUCUAUUGUAUCAAACCUGAUUGGCAAUGAUUUUUUGCCAGUUAGUCACAAUGCCUUAUUGUUUCACUGUAUUAUAUUCAUAAUUAGGUCACUAUUCUUGUCUGUUAUGCGCAUGUUUGAGUGAUAUUUUUCUACAUUCAUGCAGAUUCAUUUUCUAAAUUCAACUGUGUCUCUGGAAACAAAAUGUCAUUAUCUCAAAAAUGGCAUUCUAGAAUUCCCAGUCAGUUUAGUGUGUGUGUCUGAAUCUUCAUUCACACCUUGUUAAUUGUAUCACAAUCUCUUGGUUUAUCAGAUGUCACUGUACCUCUUACAAGGAAAUGCACCUGUAAACACACAUAGCCCACUUUACCCCUAAAGGCACAGUUCCAUGUAAAUAAAUGUUUUAUUUGCUUUGAAA